AUGAAUUACUUCAAAAAGAAAAAAAAUGAUUCUGUUAAUAAAAGGAACGCUUUUAUAAUGAAUAGUAUUCUUACUAAAAAAAAUGAUUCAAUAACAAAUGAUGAUAUUUUUAAUGAAGAGAAUGAAUUAGAAAAAGAAUAUCAAAAUAAUUAUUUAAAAAAAGAUAAAUUUACUUCAAAAAGGGAAUUAAACGAAAGAGUGAAUUCCUUUUUAUCUGAUAAUAAUCAAGAAGAAAAGAAAGUUGUUUCAAAAGAAAGUAAUAAAAACCUAAAAAAUGUGUCAAAUGAUAAUGUAAAUAACUACCUUAAUAAUUCUAACAAUGAUUAUGGUAUGGAAAGUUAUAAUGAAAAUAUGGUAAAUGAUAAUUCUAAAAAUCUAGAGUUUUCUAAAAUUUUACAAGAAGAAACAGAAAAACUACUUGUAGAAAGUAAUAAUUUUAGUUUUAGCAAAAACAAUAAUGAACAAUGUUAUAAUAAUAAUAAUAGUCAACAAAUUAAAAGGAAUAAUUUCAAAAAUGAUUUUAUAGGCAACAAUAAUUCAAAAGAUAGACUUUUUUCGGGAAAUGAAAACAGUUAUAUAUAUGAUUCUAAAAAUUCAGAAAUAAAAAACAAUUUUAUAUCAUAUAACAUUAAUAAAAUACAUAAUAAUAAAAAUUCUUUAAUUUUGAAUAAUCUUAAAACUGAAAAUGAAUUAAAAAGUAACUUUUUACAUGCAGAAGAAAGAACGAAUGAAAAUAUUUCUCCAAAUAAAAAUUAUACUUCCAAUAAAGAUUUUAAUACAGAAAAUAGUUAUGAUGAUAAUAAAUAUGAUAGUAUAGGAAAAAAUUAUAAUGAUAAUAGAAAUUAUGAUACUAAAAGAACCCAUGAGAAUGAAGAAAAUUACCAUGAUAAAAAUAAUUCAUUAAAUAUAGAUUUUGAAUCUAAAACAAAUAAUGAAUUCUUUAUUUCUCAUGAUGAAAAAAAAGUAAAUGAAAAUAAUUUAAAUUUUAUGUGUAUUCAAGAAUCAUUAAAAUCAAAUUAUGAUAAAAAAAAAACCAUACACUAUGAUUUAAAGAAUGAUAGCAAUAAAAAUAAAAAUGAAGAAACUUAUAAAGUGUACGAUAAUAAUAAUAAUAAUAAUAAUAAUGAUAAUAAUUCCUUAGAAAUAAAUGAAAACUUAAAUAAUAAUAAAAAUAUGGAAAAAAGUACAACAAAUCAAUUGAAAGAACACAAUAAAAAAACUACGAUGGAUAAAAUAGAAGAAAGCAUGAAUUCUUUAAAUUUUUCUACAUAUUCUGAUGCCAAAGGGAAAAAUGUUCACAAUUUAAAUAUAUUUAAUAGUGAAAAUGUACUAAGUACUACUGAUGAUAUUUGUAAAAAUAACACAAGUAUAAAUAAUAACGUCAUUGAAGACAUCAUGAUAAAGAAAUUUUCAUCUACAAAAAACUUAGAAAUUAAUGAUAACAUAAAAAAUUAUAUAGAUAAUAAAAUUAUAUGUGAACAAGAAAAAACAAAAAAUUUAAAUGAAAAUAAUUCUACUUUAAAUAGUGAAAAUUUGUAUAUGCAAUUAACAGAAUCGAAAAAUAGCAAUAUAAAUUCCUAUAGGAGCUAUUUAGAACCGAAAGAUGAUUUAAUAGAAUCAAAAGGUUGCCAAAUGAAGUCAAAUGAAAAUAUAAUAAAAUUAAAAAAUAGUCAGAAAGAUGAAAGAAAUAACCAAAUAGAAUUAAGAAGGCAAAUAAGCUCAACAAAUGGUCAAGUAAAAUCAAGAAUUAGUUUAAUAGAACCAAAUAAUUCCUUAAAAAAAAUAGAAGAUAAUUUGACAGAAUCAAAUAAUCAUCUAAUGAGUUUACAAAAUAGCAAAAUAGAAUCAAAUAGUCAAUUAAUGGAAUCAAGAAAUAAUUUAGAGGAGUUAACAAAUAGACAUAUGGAAUCAAAAUUAAAUUCAGUAGAAUCAAGAAACAGUUAUUCAAGAACAAAAAAAAGCAGCAAAAUAGAAUCGAUAAAUAGCUUCUUAAAAUCACAAAAUAGCUACGUAACACCUAGAAAUAAUUUAUUAGAAUCUGAAAAUAGUCAAGUAGAAUCAAAUAGCAGCUUAAUGGAAUCAAGAAAUAAUCUAGAAGAAUCACAAAAUGUACAAAUUCAAUCAACAAUAAUUUCAGUAGAAUCUAGACACAAUAAAGUAGAACCAAAAAACAGUCAAGUGGAAUCAAGCCAUAGCUUCUUAAAAUCACAAAAUAGCUACGUAACACCUAGAAAUAAUUUAUUAAAAUCUGAAAAUAGUCAAGUAGAAUCAAAUAAUAACUUAAUGGAAUCAAGAAAUAAAACAAGGAAGCCGAGCAAUAGCCAAAGGAAAUCAACAAUAAUUUCAGUAGAAUCGAGGUAUAGUAAAGUAGAAUCAAAAAACAAUCAAAUAAAAUCAAGAAAUAGCUUUAUAAAAUCAAAAAAUAGCUAUAUAACAUCAAAAAAUAAUUUGUCGGAAUCUGCGAAUAGUCAAACAGAAUCAGGAAAUAAUUUAGAAGAAUCAAACAAUAGACAAGUGCAAUCAGAUAUAAAUUUAGUGGAAUUAAGAAAAAGUCAUGUACAAACAAAAAAAAAAAGCCAAAUAGAAUCAAGAAUUAGUUUUAUAAAAUCACAAAAUAGUUACAUAACGCCUAGAAAUAAUUUAUUAAAAUCUGAAAAUAGUAAAGUAGAAUCAAAUAACAGCUUAAUGGAAUCAAGAAAUAAUUUAGAAGAGUCACAAAAUAUCCGAAUGCAAUCAAAUAAAAAUUCCCUGAAAUUAAGAAAAAGUCAAAUAAAGACAAAAGGAAGCCAUAUUGAAUCAAGGAGAAGUUUCAUAAAAUCAAAAGAUAGUCAUUUAAUAUAUAGAAAUGAUUUAUCAGAAUUAUCAGAUAGUCAUAUAAAAUCAAGAAAUAGUCAAUUGGAAUAUACUCAAAGAUCAGUAGAACCAACAUGCAGUGAAGAAGAGUCAACAUAUAGUAUCAUAGAAUCAAAUGGAAGUAUUAUAGGGUCAAUAAACCAAAUAAAAUUAAGAAAUAGUUUUAUAGGAUCGAAAAAUAGCUACAUAAAAUCAAAAAAUAGUCGAGCAAUAUCAACGAAUAAUUUGGUAGAAUUACCAGAUAGUCAAAUGGAAACAAAUGAAUUAAUGGAACAAAGAAAAAGUCUAAUAAAGCAAAAAAGGGGUACAAUAGUAUCAAGAAAAAAUGAAACAAUAUUAACUGAAAAUUUAGUAGAAUCAAAAUACAAAGUAAAUGAAUCGAACGAUAAUAUGAUAGAAUCAAACAAUAGUUUAAUAAAUUUAAAAAAUAGUGAUAACGAAAAAAUUAAUAAUUUAAAUGAAUCGUCCAAAGACAUAAUUAAAUCAGAAGGUAAUUUAAUAGAAUCUCAAUAUGAACUAACGAAUUCAGAAAAAAUACAAAAUCAAUCCAGAUAUAGCAAGAGAGAAUCAAAAUGGAACUUCACAAAUUCCACGAAUAUCCAACUAGAUCAGAGAAAUAAUUUAAUGGAUUAUAAUAAUAGUCUUGAAAGCCCAAAAAAUAGGUACAUAGAAUUAAGAAAUGAUUUUACAGAAUUAAAUAAUAACCAAAUGAAUUCAAAAAAUAGUCAAGUAAAAUUAAGAAAUGAUUUAAUAGAAUCAAGUAGCAGCUUAAUUAAUUCAAAAAAUUUUAAAUUGGAACCAAGAGAUAAUUUAGUGGAAUCAAAAUUUAAUCUAAUAGAAUCAAAUAAUAGUUUAAUGGAAUCAAGAUAUGACUUAAAAGGUUCUAAAGAUGAAUUAACUGAUUCAAAAAAUAAUUGCGGAGUUGAUAAGCAAUUUGGUAAUGUUAGUAGGCACAAGGAAGAAUCACCAGAACUUAAUUAUUAUUACAAGAAUAACACAAAUCUAUAUUUGAAUAGGAGCGAAAAUAUUCCUAAGGAAAAUAUUCCAAUUGAAUAUAAAAAAUUCAACACAUUUGUAAGCAAUAAAGAAAAAAAAAUUAAUUUAUUAAGAGAAUUUCAAAAAAACAUUAAGAAAAAAUAUGAAUUGAAAAAUUCAGAAGGAUAUGACAUCGACGAAAAUAAAUCAAGAAAUAAUUUGGGAAUGAUCAAUAAACAUGAUAAAAACAAGAGAAGCAAAAAUUUCGCAGAAUAUAAUGAAUAUGAAGAAAAAAGCAUUGGGAUUUCCUUAAUGGAUAAUUCAAUGAAUUACCAUGUGAAUUUAUCAAAUGGAAAUGAUGAAAAGGUAUUUGAAAAGUCACAUAACGAUUUAGAAUGUAGUUACGAAGAUUUCACAGAGAAUGAUAAAAAUAAUUGUGAAUUAGAGUUCUCGUUUAACCACAAAAUUAAAGAGUACUCUAAUAUAAAUGGAAAUUUUUCAAAAUCAAUUAAUAAUUUUCCAAAUUUUUUAAAUAAUUCUCAAAUAAAUAUUUCUAAUAAUUACGAUCUAACUGCAUCUAAUCACUCAAGUAAAAAUAUUGACAUGGAUAAAUCAACUUUAGAGGAUAAUUCAAGUUCUGAUUAUAUGAAAAAAUUAUCAAUGAAAAAUAAUUUUGUCAAUGUCGAUUUACAGAUAUCAUAUAUAGAAAAUGAAAUUCAAAGUAAAAUUAAAGAUUUUGAUAAUUUUUUUGGAAAAAAUUUUGAAAAUAAAUGUAAUGUAAUUCUUGAAAGAAUAGAAAAAUUGAUUUCUCAUGAUUUUUUUAGUGAAGAAUAG